AAAAUGUAAUGGUAGCAAAAAUAGCAAAAUAAUUUAUUGAUGAACUGUAUAUAAUGGUAAACAAAUAUAAUUAUAAAUUCAUGCUAAGCAAAUACACCCUACCCCAAGAACUGUUCAGAAUUGCGGUUGAAAACGUUUGACACUUGCCUAUAUGACACUUUAUCAAUAUUUUAAAAUAAUUAUAUGCAGAUAUAUAAUAACUGCAGAAAAUAAAUGCACAUGGUAAAGCAAAUAGAAUUUGAAUUUAAUGUUUGAAUUUGAGCCAAACAAAUGUCCUUAAAAGUGAACAGAUGCAAAUCACACCAGUAAAUCGGUCAUUCUAAGGUCACUUCCGCUCCACACCAGUAGGGGGCGUUGAUGCGAAAAGACAGUCAGAAGCAUUACAACGCGAGUAAACCAUAUUUCGCGGAAUUUUCAAUUUCAAGUAAAUAAAAACGUGAAGUUGAACUAAGUUCGACUCAUUUAUCUAAUGAAGAUGGAUGACAAUGACGCACAAAAGCAGAGGCUUAAAGCUGCUAUUCAUUACACAGUCGGCUAUCACUGUCAACACAUUGCCUCAGACUGCGAGAAACAAAUCACCAAACAAACCAUAGCAGCUAUAGCUGAGACUGCAUUCAGACAAUGUGACAUAUUUGCCAAGGACCUGGAAGCUUUCGCGAGGCAUGCUAAACGACACACGGUUACAGUAGAUGAUGUGAAGCUCACGGCUAGGAGAACCACAGCAUUGGCCGACUACAUUCAGCAGAAAAGCGAAGAAUUGGCUUUGAACAACCAAGAACUGAAGGAGAAGAGAAAGAAGACUGCUGCAAAGAGGAAGAGCAAAGACAUGGAACCCGAGGAAGACAAUGAAGUUGAAGACUAAUGGAAAAGGACCAAAAUAUAUACAGGCAUCAUUAACAUUUACAGAUUCGGCUGGUAAAUGUGCGAAUCAACCAACUUUACAUCAGAGUGAAAUAUUUGAAUAAUUACUCAAACAAACAAGUGUUUGGUUGCGUUUUAUUGUAAUAAAGAAUCCUGAAAGCAUACGUGUUCAAUAGGAAGCUUUCUAAUAAAACAAUGUAGAUAUUGUAAAAAAUUUAAUACUUUGACCUGAAAAUGACUUUGUCUCAAUGUCAUUGCUACUGUAUUGAAACCAGAUCAAAUCCAAUUGCAUCUCAGUUAACAUUUAGGUGGAUUUAAGUGGGACAAAAAGCAAUUUUCUCAUUAAACUUAAGCAUGUACUUAGAAAGCAACUCAUGUUAAGGGACCUAUAAAUUCUGCCACAUUACACCAUGUCCAUUACCAGAGGUUUUAUUGCUGUAAUGGGGUACCACAGCAUCCUCCAUCUUCUUCCAUCCCCAAACGGACUUCCCGCCUGGGGUUCAGUUGCGGCCAUCCAUAUUCCAGGCCC